UACAGUCAUACAGAGAUUGGAUAUUAUUUUUUUCAUAAGUUUCCGCCAAAGUUUAGCAUUUAAUGUAUAUAACUACUUUUGUAGAAAAAAAGGUGAUGCAGUGAUUAUUGAUCACUGUCUUUCCAUUAAUUAUUUAAACGUAAUGCGCUUGUAUCACACGUUGUUACGUACGUGUCUGUAAAAAAGUUAAUUUUUUCAAGUUUAUUUUAUGGAAUAAUGGCUUCUUUUGAAAUGAAACACUCGAUAAAAAGGAGAAAACAGCUUGUGCAAAUAUCGACGAAUACGUAUGCAGGAUCUGCCUGUCUAUACGAUCGUCGUUUGUAUUCAAGCAGAAAAAAAUUUGAUUCGUAUGUUGGUUAAUAGGUAUUUAACACUGGGAAUGGUCCGGACUUUAGGCUCUCGCGAAACAAAUUCGUGUGCGUGUCCAUUUCCUGAACUCGCCCCGGCGACUUUUUUGCCAGUGUACGUAAAGCAAGACCCCGUACGGAUAAUAUAAGCGAUGAGGUGCAGGGAAAGUGCUAAGCUAUUAUAGCGCGGAGUAUAUAAGGCUCAGCUUAGAAAACGAAGCGGUUCAGUUAGUGGUCAUACGCCACGCUAAAACAUACGUGAACUCGAGAAUGAAUAUCAAGCUUGCCAUCAUUUUGGUGGCAGUGGCCACUCAAGUUGUAUGCGCGGAGGAUUCGAGCAAAGCGAACAAGGGCUCGCAGAAUACCGAAGCGGAGCCAACGGAGAAGAAGACGGAAAAACGUGGACUCCAGCAUAGUUUCGGUGACAUAGGCAGUGUCGAUCUGCACGGUGGCGGCGGCGGCGGCGGCGGCGGUGGCGGCGGCGGUGGCGGUGGUUACGAUGAACACGAGCAUGUGAAGACGGUGACGGUUGUAAAGAAAGUGCCAGUACCUUACGAAGUAACGAAGCACGUACCCUAUCUGGUGGAGAAGCACGUACCGUACGAGGUGAAGGUCGGCGUGCCGCAGCCCUACACCGUCGAAAAGCAUGUGCCCUAUCCCGUGAAGGUGUUCGUCAAAGUGCCGGUCCACGUGCCGCAGCCGUACACCGUCGAGAAGAAGGUGCCGUAUGAAGUGAAGGUGCCGGUGGACAAGCCUUACGAGGUCAAGGUAUACGUGCCACAGCCCUACACCGUGGAGAAGCACAUACCGGUGCCGGUGAAGGUGCCGGUGCCGCAGCCCUACACCGUCGAGAAGCACGUGCCCUUCCCGGUGAAGGUGAAGGUGCCGGUGCCGCAACCGUACCCGGUGGAGAAGCCGGUGCCGUACGAGGUGAAGGUACCGGUCGACAAGCCGUACCCGGUCCAUGUGCCGAAACCGUACCCGGUCACCGUGGAAAAGCCGUAUCCGGUGCCGGUCGAGAAGCCGAUACCGUACGAAGUGAAGGUGCCAGUCGACAAGCCGUACCCGGUGCACGUGGAGAAACCAUAUCCGGUGCCGGUGAAGGUGCCGGUACCGCAACCGUACCACGUCCACAAGCCAGUACCGGUGCCGGUGGAGAAGCCGGUCCCUGUGCCGGUCAAAGUGCACGUCGACAAACCAUACAUCGUCGAGAAAGAAGUUCCGGUCCCGGUCGAGAAGGAAGUACCGGUGCCGGUUAAAGUUCCAGUAGCCAUACCCGUUCACAUACCGAAGCAUGAGGAUUACGGCGAUCUGGGCGGAUACGGUGGCGGCGGCGGCGGCGGAUAUGGCGGCGGCGGCGGCGGUGGAUAUGGUGGAUACGGUGGACACGGCGGCGGCGGCGGCGGUGGCGGUGGAUACGGUGGAUAUGGUGGCGGCGAUGGGGGCGGUUACGACUUGCACGGUGGUUUCAGUGGCGGCGGUGGCGGUGGCGGUGGCGGCGGUGGCGGUUACGACUCGAUUCACGGCUGA